AUGUAAUUUCGAACAAGUUAAUCAGCUAGAUAGAUCGAAGUUGAUACUCCAGUUCAUAAUACUUCUGAAGAUGGAAAAUUAUUUAAAUCUGUUAGAACAGUCUAAUAAAUAAGAUAAUUGCUGACAAUCAAUUCAACUGUUAAAUCUAUCCCUGACUACUAUUUAGAUGCUGCUCCAUUAAAAGAAUAUAAUCCAUAAAAACAAUUGUCAAAAUAAAUAACUUUUAAUGAGGUCAAUGAUGAAGAAUUAUAAAGAUACAAAGCUGAAUGGCAUUGGGAUGUAUUCUUUGAAUUUCUAUUUUAUCAUAUGCUAUUUUUAAUAUUGUUAGGACCUUUAGUUGUCUUAGUUCUAUUUAAAUAUCCAGGAAUUAUUUUGUUAAAAAACAUGAAGUUUUUUAAGCACUCUUCAUCAUUUUAUAUGUAAACUCUUUUAUGGAUGGGAUCAGUAUUAGGUGGUUUAAUGUAUUUUAUAUAAGACAAAAGUGUUGUUACAAUGACAGAAAUUAUAUUUAUGUGGUUUGCUAUCACAACUCGUUCAGUUGUAAUAGCAGCUAAAUAUGCUACUUUAAGUACUGCUAGGAUAAAACUAUAUAAAACUUAAGAACUUCCAGAUGAAAUGUUUAGUUUUGAUCUAAUGUUUUAAGAUUGGUUUUGCUAAUCCUCUAAAGUCUUAUUUUUAGAGUAAUAUAGAGCUUUAAGAAGACAUGAAUAAGAAUGCACUUUAUAUAAAUUUGAUUUUCUAAUUGAACCAAAUAUAAAAACAUCUGAAGCUAUCAAAAAUACUAAUAUAUGUUUUUAUUUAGAAUGGGCUAUGAAACAAUAAAUGAAAUAAACUGAUCCUAUUAUUGAAUAAUUAUAUUAUAAUGGAUUUCACAUUUUUGGUUACUUAGUAAACUAAUUUUAAUAAAAUAAUCCUUAAUCUUCAUUUUAUAAAUAUUUGAUUUCAUUGUCUUUAUUUUAUGGAAUCUCUCCUAUUUUCAUUAGAUUGAAAUAUUUUAUGGAAAAUAUACCAGAUUGGUUUGAUUUGAUAAGAUUAUUGCUUAAUUUUAUAACAUCAUUGCAGGCUUUUUUCGGUUCAGUCAUUGUUUUAGCAAUAGGAAUCUAUGAUUUUAAAAGAAAGUUCUUUUUACUUGAUCAAUGUUUAUAUAUGCUCUAAGCAAAAAAAGUAACUUAUUCAACUGGAAAAAAGCUUAUUCCUACCAUAAAUUUUAAUAAUCCUUAAACUUUACAGGCAUGGUCUAUUAUUAGAUCUUUAAGCUUUGAUUAUGGAUAAACUUAUAAUUUAAGAAUAUAAGGGUUUUACUCAAUGAUUUUUGGGGCAAAUAUAGUUUUGAUAUUUGUAUCAUUAGGUUUGAUAUUAGAUUUAAUUCAUAUUGACAUGUUUUAAUUGAUGUUGAUUAGUGAGAUGGCAUUGAUUUUAAUUGGAUUUACUUUAUAUUAUUUGUAUUUAGGAGCAUCAUUGAAUGAAUAUUUUGAUAGCUUUUAAACAUUGUUAGAUGAUGUCAAAUCGAUUUAUUGUGAUAUCUUAAGGAUGAGAGAACAAUACAUUCUUAAUAAUAUUUAACCAAUAAAUGAUGUUCAUAAAAUAUUUGUAUAUAUCAUAAAGGAAUAGAUUGGAUUAGAUGUUGAUAACAUAAAGGAAUAUAUUGAAUUAAUAAUUGAAGAAUUAGAGAAUAAUCAAAGAUAACUUGAAUAUGAUAGAAGAAAUAAUCCAUUCAAAUUAUAUGGAGUUUUGAUUACUUUGAAUUUGUUAAAAAGUGUUGGUGUUGGACUAUCAACUGUAUUUAGUUAUGCUAUUUAAUAAAGAUUAUCUAAUGAAUAAAAAUGA